CAUUUCCUGAUAUAAAUAAUAGAGAAUGAUACUUGUACCCGACUUGAUAUGCGCCGACAUUAUUGAUAAUUCAAUACAGGCUAUUUGCAGGGAAUAAUCAGGAUGACUAAUUGUUUGUAACUACAGAGUAAUCUUUAAAAAUAGAUUGUAUAUAUAGGAAUUGCAUACAUUAAUACAUAUUUAAAACCCAAAAUGGCAGAAGGUGGACACAAUACAAGUCAAACAGACACGAAAAUGGAUGCGCUCGAACUUCUUUUGGAGAGAACGCGAAAUGAAAGACAGAAUGAGCUACUGCAAAUCCAGAAUAACACCAGACCCGUAACUGGUCAGGCGAGCCGGAACAAUAUUGGUCAAUUCAUGGCGAAAAACAUCGAAGUACGCGAAAUUGCUGAUGCCUCAGGAAAAGAAAAUGUUCCACUCAACUCGAGGAAUGUGGAAGAGCACAGACCAGAUGCUGUUGUUAUUGAGAUCAGCAACAUUUCUCAGCAACAGAGAGUGUCGAGUGUCUUACAGGCAGCAGGAUUUAGGCGGCAGUUGGAGAACAUUAUCCGAGGGAGCAUUCGUAAUGUUUCUCAGAGUCGCAGUCAGUCUGGUUCCCAUCGAGCCACCCCGUCCCCCAGCAGUACCCCAGUCCGUGCACAGACUCCAGUAGGUGACUCUCCACUAAUAGCCCCGCUUCAAAGUUUGCCUGAACGUCGGGACAGUGUCUCAAGUCAAGUUACUUCUGCCACAUCAUCGUCAACAAGUUUGCGAGAAUUUUCCAAUGCACCUGUUGAUGUUCGCGUGCAAGACCCCAGAGGUCUGCUAGGAUCAGUGCUUCAACAUGACAAUGUGUCACCCUCUGGCCUUGCUAUUCCUACCGGACCAGUUGUACAUGAAGUGAACUGGCACACAAUUGAAGAGCAACAACAAGAGGAGCUCAUACAGGAAGUAAGCGAACUCCUACAUCGCAGACUGGUCACCUCCACGCUGCAGGGGGAGUUCCGUAAUAUCCUCGAGCUUCACGUGCAGCAACAACUUGCCGCCACUGGGACAGAUGGACAGAGGGUGGAACAGUUCAUCCGAUCCAUUCCACAGACUCAGCCACAUCAACACAACGACUUCUCCAACCUUGGAAUCCCCGUCCAAGGAGAAAACAACUGGGACAACAUUUCUGUCACCAGUAUCAGUGCCAGCGCUGUGCCCUACACACAGACCAACCUGCACCUAAGUAGAGAGAUAUCGGCUCUGAAGGCCCAACUCCUAGAGAUGAAGAACAUGAUGAAGAUCAGCUUUGAUCUUCAGAUGGACAUCCAGAGGUCAAUCCGACAGGAAGUUGCUGCUGGCAUCGCAGCUGCAUCAGGAGGUGCCAUAGGAAGUGCCGGAACUGCAGGAAUACUUCCCACGGCAACAGCAGCCCUGUCCCGCCCUGUGAACGACACACACUGUCUGAUCUGCCUCGACAACCACAGCGACUCUGUGCUGUACCAAUGCGGUCACAUGUGUGUUUGCUUCCCGUGCGGGCGACACCUGAUGGAUCGCGGUGCCAAGUGUCCCGUAUGCCGGGCACCUAUCAGGGACAUUAUUCGCGCGUACAAGUGCAACUCGGAAUAAAUACGGUGAUUCAUGGGCCGCGAAAGUAUCAGUUGCUAUAUGUGGGGGUGACUUAUUAUGCUGUGGCUGUGAAUAUUUCAGUUUUAUAUGCAGACACUGCUUCGUAGUUGAGAAAGUAUCUACAGUAGAAGCGAAAUGAGUUGACUCAUGUUUCAAUUGUGAUGUGAAUAUUUCUUGAAUAGAAAAAAGGAUUUCCUUUGGAAACACCUUAGGAGACUACUCGUUCCCUUGAAUGAGUGCACUAAAACUCUUAAUUUUAGAAAUUUCUUGCAUAGUUUAACGGAUCUUAACUAACUUUGUUAUUUUUUAUCUAUACAUGCUUCAAAAGCCGAACAAACGGUCAAUUUGUCACUCACACAAUAUUUUGUAUGCUUUAGUUAUGACUAUAUCUGUUGCUGAGAAAACUGUUUUGUUCUUAAGCUAUGAUAGUUUUAAUAUCUGAUCACAUGGUUUAUGUUUUAGCAGUGGAUAUUUCACUAUCUAAAAGAACUGACUUGUGCUUCAUUGUUGGGUAUUUCAUUACCGGGUAGUUUAAAGAAAUGGCAUUGUAGGCAUUUUAUAUGUAUUGUUAAUUAUAUAAAUGAGCAGACUUUUUUCUAAGACAUAUUUCGGUCAAUAAAUGUUAAACACACUUGCCUCUAAGAAAACACGGAUGCUUUAUUAGGAAACCUGUUAUAUUGGUUCUGUUUGUUAGUUGUUGCUGUUGUUAUGUUGUUGAAAAGAGAAUUAAACGAAAAUUGUUGCUGUUGUAAUUUUAUUAAAAAGUUAAUUAAAAUUAGAGUGCAGGUUGGAUAAACCUCUUAAACGGGAACCAAUAUUUCCUGUCGACUGCAUACGAAGCUCAACAGAGCUUAACAAAUGUUAUUAAAUGGGACAAACGGACUAGCUAUCUCAGUUGAUAAAGGGCCUGAUUUCAAAAGGUCCUUAUUUCGAUAUCCAUGUCUAGCUACAUAAACAGCUCUAACUGACAUUUUUUUCACAAAACGACUUUUUGUAUAUUUUGUAUCGCAACAUCCAUGCCCAUCAUGUAUUAAAAUAUCUUAGUUCAAGGAAACCAAAUGAAAUUUGUCCAAAAGCACUUAGUCAAGUUAAAUUUGGUUGAAAAACGAGAAACAAGCCAAACAAAAUAAAUUAUCUCUGCAUUUCGAGUGGUGAAAUUGAAACAGCUCUAAUUGAUAUUUGUUUACAAAACGUUUUUUGUAUACAUUUUAUUUUGUAUCGCAACAUCCAUGCCCAUCAUGUAUUAAAAUAUCUUAGUUCUUGGAAAUCAAAUAAAAAAGGAAAAUUGAAAUUUGUCCAAAAGCACUUAGUCAAAUUAAAUUUAUUUUAGUGCAAAAAGGUUAUAUGUUCAGUGAAAUGCUACUCGGAGCUCUUUUGCAUUCAGGUGGUUGAUGUAUUUUGAAAACCUCAAGAACAGAUAAUAUAUUGUAACUGAUGAAAACUAAUGAACAAAAAGAAAAAAAUGUGUGUAUCUUUUCACAUUUUCGUACACUACAGGUAUUUUUUUAAUGUGUAACAUUUAUGACUGCAUUAAUAAGUAUUGAAUUACUAUCUAACAUUUUGUUUUAUUAAUACAUUCAUAUCCUUUAAACUAUACAGCUAAUUGAAAAAAUGGAAACGUAAUUGCAGAAAAGCAAGUGUAUUUUGAAAUAAAUUUGAAAGAGAUGUGAGCCUUGCAUUUUUUUACCUCUACAUAAUUGUAGCUUAGUUCAAAAGUAGUAAAACUUAACUGAGUCUAGUAAGAGUGCUGUGACACACUCUGGGUCCAUGCAUCAGGCUCAGAAAGACCUUAUUAACUUCGAAAUUCACACUCAUACCACUGGUAUGUUUAAACGAAUUUCAAACAGGUAUGAGCCUUGUGAUGACCUCUACCUUAUUUCAGAAUGUAAAAUAUAUUUUUUUAAGACAACAAGAAGAAUAAACGCAUUGAAGUGUUUAUGAUUUGAAUGUUAAGUUGUACAAUUGUUAAAUUGCAGAUACCUUGUGCCGUAGUAGCGACGCAUAUAUAAAUAAAUUCUAUGGAAUUUUCUUGGCUCUUUAUUCAAUUGUUAACAUAACGUUUCUAAGUCCAUAUACUUCUUUAAACUAGUUGUUAAUGCAAUAUUUCUAAGUCCAUGUAAUUCUCUAAGUAACUAACAACGUUUCAAGACAUGACGAAAUUCGUCCAAAUCCAUCCCAGAGACGUAGAUAACAUUAAUGGAAGACUUUAUGGUAAAACAUUACAUCGAGGAACUUUGUAAUGUAGGCAAAUGAAACGAUAUAUGAAGAUUAUUAUUUAUUGAGUGGCCUACUUGAGGAUAUUUCUCAAAUAUUGGUGACUGUGAGGGGGUUUGCUAUGGCAAAACUUCAAAGAAAUACACUUUAUCAAAGUGAAAAAUCAGGCAACAGUUUUCGUGCAGCACUUAAGGAAAAGUGUGCGAGUGCAAUAAAAUAACUUAAAAAGGAUGCCGGUCAACUCACACGUUAGUCAACUGGCAUGUUUUUGGUCGACUUGCUCUAUUUGAAGUCAACUUGAUAUUGUUUUGGAAACGCAAAUUGUAAUUGUAGUUAUGAUAUUUGUGAGGAAACAGUAUAACUGAACAUUUACCAUGCUCUAAAAUAUCCAUUAUAUGCAUAUUUUGAAGGUUUAAAAACCUGAAAAAUAUAAAGCGUUGCAACGCGAAACGAUUACAUAAUCUGUUGUUGUAUAUUUUGUGUUAUGAAUAAAAAUGAGAAAAAUAAAUAAAUAAUUUCAAAAUACAUA